AUGACCUUCAUUUAAUAUUAAUAGUGUAAAAAAAAAAUAUAUAUAUAAGGUUUCAUUGAAAAAAAUGCAGGUAACCUUGAAAUCUUCUCAAUGCCUCCAUCCACGCAAAAAACGUUCAAGCCAAAAAAUGCCCCUCCUCAUCGUGACGUGUAACUUGCGUAUAUAACAUUUUUCAUAUUGUUAUAAACAACGACAAUAUUCUAAUUGGACAGAGAUAUUGUGGCCCACAUCAUGUAUAUAUUAAAUAUAAGUAUACAAUUUAUACGAUGCAUUAUUAAAUACUAAAAGUUAAUUUAACAAAGAAACGGUUCAUUUUUCAUUGUAUGUUAAUACAAGAUACUUUUUGCUUUAUUCAAUGAAUACUAAAUAAACAAUUUAAUUUAUAAACUCUUUUUUAUAUAUAACUCUAUAUGUAAGAUUUAACUUACAUUACAUUGUACCUUUUGUUGACUCAUCUAACUCAUCUUAAAUGUAUUUUUUGCUGAUAUAUAUAUAUAUAUAUAUAUAUAUAUAUAUAUAUAUAUAUCAUCAUAUAUAUAUAUAUAUUUAUCGGUUAUUAGAGAGCAUGGCUUACAUAAAGCAUUAAACGUGCGCAGUAUAUACGACGUUUGCGAGUCGUUUUAUUUUUCUAUUAAUAAUUAGAUGAAUUAAUUAUCAUACAUUAAAAAUUUGACAUUUUGACCACAAUUUAAAUAAUAUUGCUCAAUGUAUCAUUAAAAUACGACAAAGACGCAUUCUUAUAAAGGAAAAGUUUUUAGUAGAACAAAAGUGGGGAAUGUCUUCCAAUAUAAAUAUACCACGAGUUUGAAUAUUAAUGAUUUUAAUAAACGAGUUUCCAAAUAGUCUUACUUUAGUGUUGAACUCGAAGAGUUGACUUUUCCUUUCUAAAGAGCAAAGUGAUUAGAAAGUCUCUGAAAUAUUUGUUCAAUAGGAAAGCAGUUAGUCGUUUGAUUUUUCUUAUUUAUUAUUGAUAAGUGUCAUGUUAACUUAAUUGAUUUAAUUAUAACGUUUUUUUGAGUUAAUUUACAGAUUUAAAAAAGAUCAUCUUGAAAUUCGUAUAGAAAAGAAUAAUAGAAAUAUAAAAUGUCGUGUUCAAUGGAAAAAGAAAAUGAUCAAAGUAAAGAGUUACGAGAUGAAUAUCAUUCGCAAACUAAAAGUGACGACGACUCGAAAGAUGAUUUGUCCAAUAAUUUAGUGAAAAAUACGAAAUUAGAAUUAAAUGCACUGAUAAAAAAAGCGGAAACCUUACCAAAAUUAAUAGCCUAUGGGGAGGAAACGCAACUGAUACUUAGUUGCAAUGACGAAUAUAAAAAAAAAGCCGAGACUGAACUUCGCGAGACACCAGAAGUAGUGGCUGAAAGUUUGAAAAUUAUUCGAGAAUUGGUAAAAGGUGAGAGCGAUUUGUUUGUACCAGAUUUGGAUGAAUUUUUCGCAAGAUUUUUACGACCAUGCAAAUGGUAUCCGAAAAGUGCGUUUCGUUUGAUGCAAAGAUAUUAUCGGUUCCGUAUAAAUUAUCCAUACAUAAUGGAAAAUAUGGCGAUAACGAGUUUAAAGAAAACUUUUGACUCGGAAUUAUUUAUGCCUUGUCCAAUACGUAGCGUCAAAGGUUGCAGAAUUUUUAUUAUACACGCUGGAUCAAAAUGGAAACCAAAAGAACAUUAUAUCUACGAUAUUUUUAAAUGUCUUAUAAUACUUUUAGAAGGAGCUAUUACAGAACCUCACACACAGAUUGCUGGAAUAGAAAUAAUAUUUGACAUGAAUGGAUUACCAUUCAGUCAUGUGCCUCAUAUAACACCAAGAUUUGCUGCUAUGUUAGCGGAGUUUACUCAAAGAUGUUUACCCAUUCGUUUGAAGAACGUUCAUAUCGUCAAUCAACCUUUCAUAUUCAAUAUGGUUUAUGCUGUGUUUAAACCAUUCCUUUCGGAAAAAUUACGUAACAGGAUUCACUUUCACGGUACCAAUAUGACAAAAUUAAUAAGUAUGGUAGGUGAGAAAGCGUUACCUAAAGAAUAUGGUGGUUCAGAUUUAGUUUUUACUCCUAUAGGAGAAACUCUCUGGCAGUAUUUCUAUUCUUGGAAUGAUGAAUAUGAAGAAUUAUUUCAAUACGGAUAUCGUAAGAAAAAUGAGAAUAAAUAAUAAUCGAUGCAAAACUUGCUAAGGUUAUAUCGUUCGAAUUAAUUAACAUUUCGAUUAUUUGAUCAUCAUUAUUGUUCAAUAUUAAACAGUUUUUUGAUGAUUAACGUUGAUAAAAAUGAUUCAACAUGCAAUUUAAAUUGGAUUUAAAAUAAUACAAAAAAUUGUGUUUAUUAUUAAAAACAAGUUUCAAAUUGUUUAGGAAUGAUGAUAAAUUUGUCAGUUAAAGAUAAAUUAAAUCUGUUAUUUUAAUUCUAUUUUGUAAUGUUCAAAUUUUGUUUAGUUAUCUACAAUUUAUCUAGAUAAUACACUACGACACUACACGAUACACUAUUAUGCUGUAUAUGAGAUAAAUAUUGAUACAAGUAUUGAAACACAGUAUAUGAAACAAAAUAUUCCUAUAAAUACAAAUUAUCCUAGUGAGUGAUCUAAUAGAAAU